CCUGAAGCAACCAGCUGUCUAGCUAUAACAAAGGCAGGAUUUAAUUUCAAAUUUCUCUCUGAAAAUGGCAGAUGAUUAUAGAGCUGCUGUUGGCUCAACUGAAGAUGGGCAGCUCAAGGAGCAAGAGCGGUUGCUGCCUAUAGCCAACGUGGGGCGGAUCAUGAAGCAGAUGUUGCCGGCCAAUGCCAAGAUCUCAAAGGAAGCCAAAGAAACCAUGCAAGAGUGUGUGUCUGAGUUCAUCUGCUUCGUCACCAGCGAAUCCUCCGACAAGUGCCGGAAAGAGAGGAGGAAGACUGUCAAUGGCGAUGAUAUUUGCUGGGCUCUUGGAACCCUCGGCUUCGACGACUACGCCGGCCCGAUGAAUCGGUACCUGCAGAGAUAUAGAGAGGUGGAGGGAGAUAGGGAGAAUCCGGAGAAGAUAUCACCAACAGCGAAGAGAAGGAAGUGAAGAUUAUUGGUAGCUCCACCUCAAAGACCGUUCUGAGUCUCUUAGGUAGAGAUCGAUUGAUUGAUUGAUUAAUCAAUUAAUCUCAUAUAUAUGGUUGUAGUUCACUAUAUAGUAGGUUGUACUUGUAUUAAUUCAUCAUCAAGUGUUGAUUAAUUACUUGUG